CAAGAAUUCUUGGGUAGUGUUACAGCUCUUUUAGAAUUUGUCUAGUAGGUUUUCCGGUUUUUGCCGGGAAGCCCUUAUUUUGUGUUUAUGAAAAAAAAGUACUCCAACUAAAUGAAAGCGAGAGGAAACUUGUUUGUUGUUACUCCGCCGGGCUCGGGGGUAGAAGCUCUAUUUAUUUUUGCUUCCGCCCUGCAAGCCCGGUAGCUGGUAACAAAUUUGAAGAAAACAGAUCCUGGAUGCUAACGCGCAGCUUCCGGGAUUAGGAAGCAGCUUCCUUCUCUGAGCGUGACGAGCGCGGCUCUCAGAAGCCCUACAUAAGUCGGCUACCUUGCUAAGUAUUCCAUGGCGUCGGGCCCCGCGCAACCCGCGGCCUUGAGCGCUGAACAGGCUAAGGUGGUCCUUGCUGAGGUCAUCCAGGCAUUCGCGGCCCCGGAGAACGCGGUGCGCAUGGAAGAGGCUCGGGACAAUGCUUGCAACGACAUGGGCAAGAUGCUGCAGUUCGUGCUUCCUGUGGCCACGCAGAUCCAGCAGGAGGUCCUCAAAGCCUACGGCUUCAGCUGCGAUGGGGAAGGCGUCCUGAAGUUUGCCAGACUGGUGAAGUCCUAUGAGGCUCAGGAUCCUGAGAUCGCCAGCUUGUCUGGAAAGUUGAAGGCCCUGUUUCUGCCGCCCAUGACGCUGCCCCCCCAUGGGCCUGGAUUAGGGGGUAGCGUGGCAGCCUCCUGAGGGAGUACCGGCCCAUCAUGACACGCGGGAGGGAGAUGUGCCCAUCAUCCUGGAACUCUUGUACCACUUGCUGUCCAUGGAGGAUAAUAAAUAUUGCUGACGCUUGGC